UCCUCAGAGCCAGUCAGCGGUCCUCCCGGCAGACGGAGCAGACCUCCGGGUUGCCAGUUCCGCGCUCGUGACCGUGAAUGGGAAGCAGCGCGUGCAGGACUGAUGGAGACCCAGCUUCUAGUUGCAGGAACUUCUUCUGCUGGGCUCUGAAGGAGGAAACUCAUUUCCCGUUCGCCUGUCUUGGAUUGUUCUCUCCCCUGUCUGCUGUUCCUCCUGUCCCGCGGGGGCUUCCAGCCCAACCAGGGACCAGGGCAUUUUCUGGGGGAGAGGGAGAUAGAAGGCAGCUCUCCUCUUCAGCUGACUGAGCUCCAGUUUCUGCUCUGCACAUGUUUUUACGCAGACGAACAGCUGGAUUGUGAGGAGGAUUUAAACGGCGCCAAAGAACAGCUGGAUUGGGUUUGGUUCCGGACUCGCUGGGACUGAGUCGGGGCAGCAUGACUGCUCGGGUUGGAUGUACGGUUGGUGUGUGGAGGGUGCGAGCCCGGAGGAGGACGCGCGGGCAGCUGCUGCUGAGCCUGCUGCUGCUGCUGGGAGCGCACGCCGCCGCGCACGCUUCCAACACCGCCUCGUCUUCCUCUUCAUAUUCAUCAAAUCUUGGUUUUGUAGACUUCACCUUCACCCGGGAGCCUCAGGACACAGUCACGGUGCGGGGGGGUGUGCUGCAGCUCGACUGUCAGGCUCAAGCGGAUUCAGUCACAAGGCGUCCCAGCAUCACAUGGCGUAAAGAUGGAGUGUUGCUCAGUACAGUGGUUGAUGAACGGCGACAACAGCUCAGCAACGGGACUCUAAUAGUGCGAAACGUGGUGCAUUCACGGCACCACCGGCCGGAUGAGGGAGAAUACCAAUGCCUUGCCACACUGGAUGGUCUGGGGAGUAUAGUGAGCCGAACUGCAAAAGUCACUGUGGCAGGUCCUCUGAGGGUGAUCGUCCCCACAGAAUCCGUGUCUGCUUACCUUGGCGACACGGCGCUGCUCCGCUGCGAGGUCUCCGGGGAUCCACUGCCUGUCAUACGUUGGCAGAAGAACCGUGAAGACCUUCCGCUGACCUUUGACCCAGACUUCCGCCUUGCAGUGUUGCCAUCUGGUUCACUGCAGGUGAGCCGUGUGCAGCCGCCGGACUCCGCCACGUACCGCUGUCUAGCAGAUAACCCAGGCAGCACCAGGACGGGGACAGAUGCCGAGCUCCGAGUCCUCCCAGAACCUGGUGUGAGCAGGAACAUCCAGUUCCUACAGCGUCCGACCAGAGUAACAGCUCUGCUGGGGGCGGAUGCAGUGCUGGAAUGCUCUGCCUCUGGCUACCCAACGCCCAGCAUCCAGUGGAGGAGAGGAGAUGAAGGGAUUCAAAGCUGGAACAAGAAGUAUUCUCUGCUUGCAGGCAGCAAUCUGAUCAUCAGGAGCGUCACCGACGACGACUCUGGCACUUACAGCUGUACAGCCACCAACAAAAACCACAACAUCACGGCUCAAGCAGAGCUCAGUGUGUUAGUUCCGCCACAGUUCUUGAACUAUCCAACCAACACCUAUGCCUACGAGUCAACCGACAUCGAGCUGGAAUGCGCCGUCACAGGAAAUCCGCUGCCGACUAUCCGCUGGAUGAAGAACGGGGAAGAAGUCAUCCCAAGUGAUUACUUUCAAAUAGUGGACGGGAGCAACCUGCAGAUUUUGGGUUUGGUGAAGUCUGAUGAAGGAUUUUAUCAGUGUGUUGCUGAGAACUCUGCCGGUAGCGCGCAGGCUAUGGCUCAGCUGCUGCUCCGAGAGCCAGUGUCCCCAAGCCCAGGCGCUGCCCUCCCCUCUGCCCCCCGCGACCUGGUCCCUGUCCUAGUGUCCAGCCGAUUCGUCCGACUGAGCUGGAGACCACCAGAGGAGACCGGGGGAGGGGUCCAGACCUAUGGCAUUUAUUAUUCCCAGGAUGGAGUUGAGAGGGAGCGGUCAGUGAACGUUUCAGAACCGGAGUCUCUGGAGCUGACAGUUUCCAACCUGAAACCCGAGGAGAGCUACACCUUCAGAGUGGUUGCCUACAAUGACAUCGGGCCGGGAGAGAGUUCAGCCGCCCUUAAAAUCACCACCAAACCUGACCUUGAGGUCCCCAGCAGGGUGGAGUCUCUUCGAGCUUUGGCCCUUUCUCCAACAUCCAUCCAGGUGAGCUGGGAGCCCCCCAGCCACCCAAACGGCCCCAUUCUAGGCUACAGACUGCUCUGGACAGAGAGCCCAUCUGGCAAAGAGCAGAGUGUGGAGGUGGGUGGGCUCACCUACAAGAUGGAUGGACUCAACAGGUUCAUGGAAUAUACUGUUCGUGUUUUGGCCAUCAAUCGCUAUGGACCAGGAGUCGCGUCUGAGGCCAUCAGCGUCACCACCCACUCAGACGUGCCCAGUGCUCCACCACAGAACAUCACCUUGGAAGUUGUCUUGUCAAGGAGCAUCAAGGUGUCCUGGCAGCCACCUCCACGAAGCAGCCAGAAUGGCAUCAUCACCGCCUACAAGAUCAAAUACAGAAAAACCGGCCGGCGUGGCGACCAAGAGGCCAUUGAACCGAACAACUUCUGGUACCUGUUUACAGGUCUGGAGAAGGGCAGCCAGUAUAGUUUUCAGGUAGCAGCCAUGACAGUGAAUGGAACUGGGCCUGCCAGUGACUGGUACACCGCAGAGACCCCCGAGAACGACCUGGACGAGAGUCAAGUGCCCGACCAGCCCAGUUCUCUGCACGUCAGACCGCUUCCUAACAGCAUCAUCAUGUCCUGGACUCCGCCCCUCAGCCCCAACAUCCUGGUUAGAGGCUACAUCAUUGGCUACGGGGUGGGGAGUCCCUACGCUGAGACGGUCCGAGUGGACAGCAAGCAGAGAUACUACUCCAUUGAAAACCUUGAGCCAAGCUCACACUACGUUAUUUCUCUGAAGGCGUUUAAUAAUGCUGGUGAAGGAGUUCCUCUAUAUGAGAGCGCUGUCACCCGAUCUCUGACAGACCCCAUAGACCCAUUGGAAGACGACCUCUUCCACCUCUUUGAUAAAUACCCCACUCCCAUGCCAGACACCAGCACUCCCAUGAUCCCUCCUGUUGGGGUCCAAGCUGUAGCUCUGUCCUCGGACUCUGUACGGAUGUCGUGGGCCGACAACUCCAUGACAAAGAACCAGAAGUCCUCUGAGGUCCGGUAUUACUCUGUCAAGUGGAAGAGCAGCUACUCCACAAGUGGGAAAUACAAGUCUGCAGACACCACUGCUCUGAGCCACACCGUCACUGGCCUGAAACCAAACACCAUGUAUGAAUUUGCUGUCAUGGUCACCAAAGGUCGAAAGUCCAGCACCUGGAGCAUGACGGCACACGCCACAACGUAUGAAGCAGCUCCCAGCUCCGCCCCUAAAGACUUGACUGUCAUCAGCCGUGAGGGGCGUCCUCGCUCAGUGCUCAUCAGCUGGCAGCCACCUUUGGAAGCCAACGGACGGAUCACAGGUUAUAUCUUGUAUUACACAAUGGAUAAGAACCUGCCAAUAGAUGACUGGGUGAUGGAGGCCAUCAGCGGGGACCGGCUGACUCAUCAGGUGGUGGAUCUGAAUCUGGACACUGUUUAUUACUUUAGGAUCCAGGCCAAAAAUGCUAAAGGUGUUGGGCCUCUGUCGGAGCCGAUCCACUUCAGGACAGCCAAAGUGGAACAUCCAGACAAGAUGGCUAAUGAUCAAGGACGAGGUGGAGAGCAUGCAUACUGGCCGUCUGACACCAACCCGAUUGACAGGAGCAGCAUCAAUGACUCUCCAAUUGGUCAAAUGCGCCCGCCUCAUAGCAGCGUCACACCACAAAAAAACAGCAACCUCCUGGUCAUCAUUGUAGUUUCUGUGGGUGCCAUUGCCGUGGUCGUGGUCGUCAUAGUGGCGCUCAUCUGCACCCGUCGCUCCUCAGCCCAACAAAGGAAAAAAAGGGCAAGCCACAGCGCCAGCAAAAGGAAGGGCAGUCAGAAGGAUCUUCGACCUCCUGACCUCUGGAUCCAUCAUGAAGAAAUGGAGAUGAAGAACAUGGAGAAAGCUCCAAGUGUCGCUCCAUCUGGACGCGAUUCGCCCAUCCAGUCCUGCCAGGAUCUUCCCCAAGUGGCACACAGCCAAUCAGAGAGCCAGAUGGGCAGCAAGAGCAGUCACUCAGGACCCGAUGCUGAUGAAGCAUCCAGCGGCAUCUCCACCCUGGACCGCUCCAUCACCACCAGGAGGGGAACAAGAGGCAAAAUGAUGAUUCCUAUGGACUCACAACCAAGCAACACGCCUGUGGUCAGUGCCAUCCCGGUUCCUGCUUUGGAUUCUGCACAGUAUCCUGGUAUUCUGCCUUCACCUUCCUGCGGCUUCACCCACAACAAGUUCAGCCUCAGGCCCAUGCCUUUUCCCAGUCUGACUUUGGACAGAGGAUAUACUCCAGCCCUGUCAUCAGAUGCAACCAGCAACCCUCUCCUCCAGCAGCAGCCGGCAGCGCCGCAGCCCGCCCCCCUGCUCCCAGGUUCCUCAGCUCCACCUGGGGAGCUUGUUCCUCCCGUUGGCCCCGUCCCAGGGGCCCCUUCUUCUGCUGCUGCUGAGGAGGCACAGGCCGGGGGCAGCCGGACCAUUCCAACCGCUUGUGUUCGGCCCACCCAUCCUCUACGUAGCUUCACCAACCCAUUACUGCCACCACCCAUGGGAACCAUUGACCCAAAGGUGUACACCUCCAUGUUGUCCCAGUCUGGUGGGAGCCUGCCAAAGCCCCAGGUGAAGACCGCAUCUUUGGGUCAGGCUGGGAAAGCUCGCUCCCCUCUGCUUCCUGUCUCAGUACCUACUGCGCCAGAUUUACAAGAAGAGGGCGGAGCCAAGCUUCCAGAGGAUUCAGCAACUAAUGUUUACGAGCAGGAUGACCUCUCUGAACAGAUGGCCAGUCUAGAGGGGCUGAUGAAGCAGCUCAAUGCCAUCACUGGCUCCGCCUUCUAACCUGUGAUUCCAGCCCAGUAUGGCCCAGUCUGUGACGGUGGACCUGAGUCUGGAUGUCACCUUGUGUCCUCUCCCUCAAAGCAGCAACAGGUCAAUCUGGGUCUGGAAAAGAAUGAGAACUCUUUGUGUUUAGCUUCUCUGGUCUAGACUUCUGUCUUCUGAGACCAGGGUGGGAGAAAGGAGGAUGAGACUGGAGAUUAACACUACCACGGUACUUUGUUGCUCCAACAGCAGAGGAAAUGUGGAGGGUCUUCUUUAGGAGUUCAGACAGAAGCUCUUCUAGACUGUUCAAGCUCAAACACCACACUAGAAGGGUAAAUGGCGCUGCCCUGGACUUGGGGGAACAGGAGGAUGGGGGUACAAGAGCAAGGACUACGUUAAAGGACCCCCCCUCUUCUUCCUGUGUGCGGUAUUUAUUAGAAUCCUCUCAAAUGAGCUCUCCUCAGUUCUCUUACUGUGAUUGUACCUCACAUAUUUUUAGUCAUUGUUGAUCCAUUCAUCCUUUGGUUCUGAAGGCUAACUCUGCACAUUUCAAUACUGUGCAUUUGGUUUGAGAAUGUGACAAAAUAUAUAGUUUUGAAAGAGAAAACAUCUUCCAGCACCAAAGUUACAAAAACCACAAGUUCCAUGAUCUGGUAACAUCAGAUGAUUUCACUGCUCCACCAUUUUAAAUCCUUUAUGACUUUAUAUUUUUCACAAAAGAACAGGAAGUGUUUUUAUUUUUCUGAACAGGCCAAUCCCUCCUCCAAACCCAGCUUUUUCAUCUCUUUAAUCUGCAAAUAUCAAACCUUACAUUCUAGAAGUUUGGGGAAUAGAGCUGAGAAGAACCUCAGUUUCUGAGGUGUGGUUCCAAAUCCAGAUUGCUUUUUUUUAACUGGGCUGUAAAAACCUCCUUGCAGACUCCCAUAGCUUUACUCUACACUCUGGUCUUUAUCCACGGUGUCCUCUGCUGCCACACCCUCAUCUGUAAAAGCAAACUGUGACUUUCUUUCUUUGUUCUUGCCAGUUGUUCAAGUCUGUCUCAGUCCUAAAAAUGACCCAAAAACUUUCAAUGGAAUUCAAAGUUAACGGAUCUCAUUGAAUAAACUACAGGUUAAUUCUGAAUGAAGCAUCAUACAAGGUCAGAUCAAUCAGGCAUGAUCAUCUGGAGUACGGUAAACCCUUAAGGCAGAUCCAUGUAGCCGCCUGAGUACACAUUUGUGUUCUAAACAGAAUUUCAGAAGAGUUGCAGACAUCCACCUUCUGUUAAAGGUGACGCCUUCAAAAAGCUGGAAACUGUUGAGAAGUUCCUUCUAUUUCCUGUUGGGAAAACCCUUUUCUUAUGACCGUUCAGCUAACAUUGACACUCAGUUAAAGAUAUCCCAACCACCAGCAAACAGAAGCAUCGGAUUUUUCCUUUCAGAAAGUUCAAACUGAAAGAUAAACAAUCGUUACAUUAAUAAAACCCAAUCUGGACUGUAACCCACCUUAGAAAGUACAGAAGACUGACUGAAACACUAAUGCAUUCUGAUCACACCUUCAUGUAGCUGCAAAAGAAAUCAUAACCUGAGCUCUCAGCAAAGAAACACAUUCUGAGGCCACAGUUGUUGGGAUCAUAAAUGCAUCAGUCUUAUUUUGUCAAUUUGAGGUUUCCAAAGUCAUGUCAUGAAAUUACUGCUGUUUAUUUUCCAGAUGAGACAAACGAGUGAAGCAGAAAGAGUCAUCGUCUGAUUAGAUGCAGGGAUGAUCAGUUGAAAAUUCAGUAGAGCAACAUUUCACACCUUCAUUUGUUUUUCCUUAAGUUAACCGUUUAACACUAGAGCUGCAGUGUUUAUGUUCUUUGAUUAAUGUAACUUUUCAAUUGUUAACACGAUCAUUCCAGUAGAUUGUGAAGGAGAAAAGCAGCUCGAUGAGCCGCUUUUCUCCUUCACAAUCUACUGUAAUGAUCGUGUUAUUGGUUAAAAAAAUACAGUAUGUUAAAGAUUUUGUGUGUUAAAGGGUUAAACUCACACCUGUCAGAGAAAUUUGCCAAUCCAUUCAAAGUUGCCAAACCACAAUCUGUUCAUAGGGGUUGUGUUUUAUACCAAAAUAAGAGAAAAACAAGAACAAAUAAGUAAAUAUCAGUAUUUCAUACUUCACAAAGUUUAUUUUUGCAGUCAUGCAAGAGCUAUUUGUUUUUUUUUGGAAAUGUUUGUGCAGAAACCUUCUUCAGCCGGAGUGGGAAAUUAUUAUCUGCAGUUUUCAGCACACGUUUACCUCCUGUAGUUAACUCGUCUAGUGUGACUCACGGGUGACUUUUGGUUUAUUUCAAAGAAACUCAAAAGGAUGAAAAAACAGUUUGUAUUGAAAGAAAUCUGCAGGAUUUGAACUUUAACUUGAGAAUUCUGGGAAAUUAAGUCAGUCAGGCAGCCACACACUGGUCAGUUUUUUAAACAACUACAUUGGGAUUCAAAGGAGACAAGGAAUCGUUUUUUAAAAAUCAAGGAAUGGGGUGUUUGAUUUGGUCUUAGUGAAGAAUGUUUAAAAUGAAGAAUUUAACAACAAAGGACACAAACAAAAUGUAUUUCAAAAUGAUUCGUUCUUAAUCCACUUUUGAUUUUCAUAACUUUAUUUAUUUAUUUUUUUCUUUAAAGGCUCAAAGGGAAGGCAUUAAACUGGGUUCACACCGGACGUAGAGGCCGCUUCCAUUCCAUGUUAACCUAUGGUGUAGUUCACGCCAAGCGUGGAGCGCCGCGGUCCUCCCCUGAAGACUCGCGCUGUGCAGCGGAUCGUUUCAGCGUCUGGUCUAUUUUGUGUGCGAGCCGCGAGCGAUCCGCGGCAAUUCUGACAGGAAGUUACAUCAAGAUUUAGGAGAAAAUCUAGUUUAUUUUCUAAAUAUAACCAAAUUUUCACAAUGAAACACAGCAAAUGUUUUUGUAUUUAAAGCAUGGGUGCCCAAAGUGGGGCCUGUGGGCCAAAUUUGGCCCACCAAAGGUUUUCUUUUGGCCCGCCAAGUCAUGGUUACGGAAGCCGCGGAGUGUUUAGUUAAAACCUUUUACCCGCUUCCCAUUGAUUUUCUAUGAUGUUCCAAAACCCUACGGCGGUAAUAUACUUUUGGCCUCUGGGUGCCGCUGUAAGAACUUUCUUUUCCUGCAGAAACAAUCCAGAAGUGAGUCAGUCCUGGGCUUUUUUUGUGUUAAAAAUUCCCAAGAGCCUUCACGGUCACUUCCGAUGCUUUUAGUGGCUUUUUCAGCUAGCUAAGACAGAGCGACAACGACAAACAGAUAACGUCUAAAGAGCAGCUCCACAUCUCUCAUUAGGAUCCAAGUUUGCUGUUUUUAUUGAAAGAAAGUUUGUUUGAGAUCGCUCUGUUUUUUCAAUAAAAAAUGUCCAGUGAGGCCUUGAUGUUAAAGGUUUCAAAGACAAACGUUACUUACUAAUGUUUGUUAACCUAAUGAAUACAGAAUCAAAAUAAAUAAAUUAAAUCAUAUUCUUUAUCUUCUCCUUUUAUGUAAUGACGUGCAAAAAAAUAUUGUAUUUGACCUGCUAACUGGGAUCCCAUUUAGAAUUUGGCCUCUUGAGCGAAAAAGUUAAAAAACAGACACACCUCUCUCUGUGUGUCUCA